AUGGCCAACGCCAUGUCUCUACCGGCAAGAAAGCUACUAGCUCUUCUCUUUGCCGUGCCACUUUUUCAUGCUGUUGGGACCUUAGGCUCGGCAGGGUUAGCACCGGCAAGCAAUGGCCUGAUCUGCCACACGGACAAGGCAGCCGAGUGCUAUCCGCGUCUUUUUGAGGCGACCAACGAGUUUCAACGCUUACACGACGACCAGGAUAUCCCGGCAGGACUGCACGUGAGACUGAACGUAUGGACAGGAGAGAAGGAAGCGAAGCUGUAUAAUGCGUCGGAGGACAGCACGGCCGAGCUGGAAGGCCUGCCGGUGGAUCGUGCCGUGGUGCUCGUGGACCAGCCUGGAAGCGGAGAGGCGGAUGCGGAUGCGGAGGAGGAAGCAGCACGACGGAUUCCCAAGGGGGCGCCGGAAUACGAUGCAGUCGGCGCGGUCAAGGAGCCUGUUGGCGGCGAGGGGAAAGACGACGGCGAUGCGAUAUCAUUUGCAGACGCAGUGGCGGUGGUGAAGGGCGUUGGGCUACGGUACGAGCGCGCCAACGAGGUGGUGGCGGACGCUGAGCGGAUGCGCUUCAUCGAGGCACUCGAGCAGCUGGGCGAGUUCGCCCACGACAUCUACUACGGGAGUCGGUUGGCGGAGGACAAAGAUGCGACACGGCUUCUGCUGUGCCUCAUGACGGCAGACGACGACGGACUGGGCGGAGUAGCCCAGCAGCAGGCCGGAGCGAUUGUGGCGGCGGCGGUGCAGAACAAUCCGACGGCGCUGCGAGGCGUAGAGCGGGAAUGGGAGCAGCACAAGACAGCACCGUGCAGCCACGAGAGCACGCUCGGAGAGGGAGUGUUCAAGGCGUUGGGGGCUGCCGGCGACGUCAGCCCAGCGUGGGUGCGUUCGCGGCUGUCUGCCAUCAACGGGCUGAUCCGGAGCGAGACGAUCAUGCAGGACUUUCUGGAGCAUGACGGUCUGACCGAGAUCCUACGGCUGCUGGUGACGCUGACGGGGCCGAAAUACGAGUCGACACGGGCGCGCGCGGCACAUCUCGUGAUCGACAACUUUCUCGACGCGAACAUGGGCGCUGACGUCACACGGUGGCCACUGGAAGAAGCGACCGACAGCCCGGUCACCGACAGCUGCGACCCAGAUGUCCAGGCUCAGUGCUGGGACUAUCACGCCGAGCGGCUGGCUGAGACCUACGCAGCAGCAGGAAGGCAGCAGGAGGACGACGUGGCACACUGGUCGGCCGAGCUGUGGCGGUUGCUGCAAGAACGGCGACACGGAGCACGACGGGACGAGCUGUGA